GCCCGGGCUCGCCGCGCGCUCGCCGCCCGCAUCAUGGCCUCUCGCAGCGCGGGCACCCUACUGACCGAGUUCAAGGCCGCCUAUGUGCCCCCCGGCCUCAUGCUCGGGCAUCAAGGCCAUGUUCCUGGUGUGGCCUUCUCCUUCGGCUCCCCCUACGGCACCACCACCCUCAAGUACUUCCAGGACCAGCGCAACGCAGCCCCGGAGGAGAGCCACACACCUUUCAGCAAAGGCGGCCACUUCCCGACCAUCUUCUCCCCAAACCCCAACCAAGUGCUGAGGAACCACUCCCACGCCCGGGACCGCUGGCUCCACGCCCGGGACCGCUGGCUGCACGCCCCCAGCUACGCCCGCUUCAACCUGGACCGUAGCCGCUCGGCCGCGCUCUCGCGCUUCUACCAGAUGGCACAACAGCACCGGGAGUACUACCAAGACAAGACGGGCACAGUGCCCCGCAUCCCCUACUUCGUGCUGCCCGUGAGGGAGUGGGAUCGGUACCCCAUCCCCACCGACCUGCCUCCUCUGAGCCCGAAGAAGAAGUGGCACCUUUUAAGAGUAUCCCCCGAGAACCUGAGGACCUACCAGACAUUCCCAUCGGGGAAGAGGGUCUCCCCACAGGAGCGGCAGAGGCGGGACUGCUACUUUGAGUUUAGAGCAUGACACCUGAGAUCCAUGGCCCUGACCAGGUUGGCUUUUUGGAAUAAAAUCUUUAGCCAUGA